GUUCCCGAGCCAGCGCCGACCUGAGAAAGCUUCAUUGCGCCGCGAGACGCCCGACCGUUACGUACCACUGGUGGACCUGUUCGUUCCACUUUUGCCAAAGAGGGCUCGACGCUCCAUAUAAGCUCUUUCAUUUUUUUUCCUGCAACUUUUCGAGCGGUGUGUUGUUUUCUUUUUUUUUCUUCCCUCUUUCUCUCGGGUUACCCUCGUCUCCUGCUCGCGCGGACAUGGAUACAAAUCAACCUCUCUCGCCGCCGGCCUCGCCCCAGCUGAAACACAUGGAACCGCUACAGUUGUCGUUCAGUGUCGCGGCCCUGCUGGGGGAGAAAUUAUCAGAUCAUCAGAAAUCCGGACGGAAGGACGAGGAGGAUGCGGGUUCCCACCCCGCGUUGCCACCCACCCCUCAACCCUCUGACUCGGAGGAGGACGAGCCGCCCCGAAAGCGGCGAUGUGUCCAGCAAUGCGAGUUGGCGAAGUUAUUGCUAGACGGUACGCCACCGCCAAGCCCAGAGUCGGCCCGAGUUUCGGUAAUAAUGCGCGCCAAUCGGGACGGUACCUGCAGUCCGGCGAAUCUCGCGGGGAGUUCGGUGACCAGUAGCCGACCAGUAUUGCGUGACUCGGUCGCGCGACAGUUACCCAGUCCGCGAGCGAACGCGCGAGCGAGCGUGACGGAACCGGUGCAAGACGUGCUUCGCAGUUUGAAAUUCAAGAUGAGCUUGCGUAAGGAAGAGAUCAUCGUGAACAGUAAGAAUACUGAUCGUGAGAGCUGUCAGCAGCAGCAGCAGCUACCAAGAUUACAACCCCUGGCACCUAAACCCGCGCCUAUCGUGGUAGCGGGUCUGUUGGGCUCUCCUCUAGUUUUACCGCGGACACCUCUUCUGUUGGUCGCCAGCGCGGCGCCAACCACGGCCACUGCGACAACCACGACGAUGAGCACGAGCGCGGUGGAAACACGUCGUCGCGUUUACGAGUGCGAGCAUCCAGGCUGCGGCAAGAAUUACUUCAAAUCAUCUCACCUGAAGGCUCAUACGCGCACUCACACGGGCGAACGACCGUUCCCGUGUCCCUACGAGGAUUGCAGCCGUCGCUUCUCUCGCAGCGACGAGCUGUCGCGGCACAAGCGUACGCACACCGGUGAGAAGAAGUUCGCCUGCGCCGUUUGUCAGAGGCGAUUCAUGAGAAGCGACCAUUUGGCGAAGCAUGUGAAGCGCCACGCCAGGGAUAAAACCUCAUCAUCGUCAUCUUCUAACGGUCAGAUCUCUACUUCUCAGGUGACCUCGACACCUCUGAGAGUGAGUCUAUUACCGGUGCUGGCGCCACGAUUAACAUCGCGAACAGUUCAGCAGUUUGUAUCACCUCAGCUGGCAGCUUGAAGGAUGCACUCGCGGCUAUUUGAAGUCAUUUGAAAAUUAUAUUCUAUGAUUUUUCACGAUCUUUAUGCGUCUUUAGGAUCCUGGAUGACUUCCAGUGUGAAAGACGAAGACAAAGAAUUUCUUUAAGCACUAUAAUAAUAAUGAAGACUGGAAUGAUCCAUUAAAUUGUGGAUAAGUGUUGAAGACAAUAAUUAAAGCUUCCAAUAUAUGGAUGUUUUAAUUAGAGUACAAAAUUGUACUCAGGAGAUGAUAGAUGAAGACUGUCUUUUUCUGAUCAGAAGCAGUAUCAAUUGGAAGCAUGAAUAUAACUCAGGGAUUGAUCUAUUGGCAUAAUCUGGUCAAUUGGAAAGGUGUUUCUUAUGAAGAUGUGUAUUGAAGAAGAUUUUGACGUUUCAAGAUUAUUGAACAUGAGCGGAAUAAAUGUUUAUUGAGCAGGAAAGCGAGCAUGAAGAGCGAAGUAGAGAGUCGUACUUAAAAGCAAAGGCACGAGCUGGCGAUAGAUCAUCAUAUGCAGAGGACUUUGUUAUCGCAAACCGAGUACCUAAGUGUAUCUGUGAUCUGUAACGCGUGAAGACUAGUAUCGUUUAGUUGACAGAUUUACAAUCUCAAAAAUCAUUCAUGGACAGUCAGGCUCAUAUUCGCACGUAUAUUCAGCGUUAAAUGCAGCCACACUGUAUGCUCUUCGAAAUUGGAACAGUAUGAAAUGUAAUUGUCGUAUUAAAUAAAUUGAACUCCGAUAUUUGAUAGUCACAUUUGACGCUAAAUAUAUGAGACAUAAAAACGGAUGUUAAAUUUACAACGAUAUCAUUUAAAAUUGCUCGAUUCUUCGCUGGUCGGAGAUUCUUUACAGACAAUACAGAAGUCUAAGAGGCACAUUGUAAAUAUGUCGAAAAGACGUUUCGAAUAUAUUUUCUCGAAUAUUGCCUGAAUCGUUAUUGUUUAACUUUCUAUCGAGAAUUAAACAAUACAAAAAUAGGGCUCUGUAGCAUUAAGUCGAUCGAGCGUUGAUCGAGAGAUGGAAAGAAACAAAUAUUUAUUUACGAAGAAACAAGACAUUUAUGUACAUAAUUAUAUAUAGACUUUUAAAAUAAUCGCCGACAACUAUUAUAUAUGUAUAUAUUUUAAAUGCAAAUAACAUAAGGGCAACAAGAAAAUGCAACAGCAAAAUUAGGGAAAUCGUUCAUUAAUGAAUUUGAUUAUUUUUAAAAAUUAUAAGAAAUUUUCUACUUCUUUGAACAAUUUGAAAUGUUUUUUUCUCUUUCUAUAGUUUAUUUAAUAUUUUAUACUGCUUCUAUAAGAGAGUAUAAUUGUGUUGCAACUUGUAAAAUAUCUAGAUCCUAAGAUUGCGAAUGUAUAUAUGUAUAUGUAUCAUAUAACCAGGUAAACUUUACUUGGCAAUAUAAGACUUGAGUGGAAAUAUCGUUAAAAAUCAUAAAGAUAUUUCUACAAUCAAAUAAAUUGUAUACUUUCAUAAA